CAUGAAUGCAUGAUUUGUUUAAUAUGGAUGAUUAAACAAAACAAACCUUGUAAAAGUAAAUUAGAACAUUUAGAAUAAAUGAAUUGUCCUCCACUCCACUCCACUCCACACACAUCCAUUUUGCAUUUGGCGCUCUUCCAAGCGAUUCAAAUUAUAAUCAUCAAACCCCCUUUUGUAGGAAAAACAAAGCGCCAUCAGAUUAUCAUUUCACAUCAAUCUCGCUGAUGAGACCCGAAAAUCUUCUCCAACCCCACCGCCCCACCCAGAAGUGCACCGUCGGCUGCCCCAUCCUCGACCGCCUUCUCUGCGGCGGCGUCCCCUGCAGCUCCAUCACCGAGCUCGUCGCCGAGAGCGGCUCCGGCAAGACCCAACUCUGCCUCCAACUCCUCCUCUCCGCCCAGCUCCCGCCCUCCCACGGCGGCCUGGCCGCCUCCUCCCUCUUCCUCCACUCCGAGCUCCCCUUCCCCUCCCGCCGCCUCCGCCAACUCUCCCACUCCUUCCUCUCCUCCCACUCCCAUCUCUUCCCUUCCCACGAUCCCUGCGAGCGCAUCUUCGUCCAUCCACUAUAUUCUGCAGACCACCUGUUCGAGGUAUUGCUCCGGGUCGAUUCGCUGCUAUCCAACCCUCCGAUCCGGUUUCCCAUCAAGUUGAUUGUGAUUGAUUCGAUUGCGGCGCUGUUCAGGUCCGAAUUCGAUAACAACCCUGGCGAUCUGAAGAGGAGAUCGUCUUUGUUUUUCAAAAUUUCUAGCAAGUUGAAGUUCCAGGCGCAUAGGUUUGGCGUUGCUGUUGUGGUCACCAACCAGGUGGUUGAUUUCGUGGGAUCAUCCCAGGGUUUGGAUGGGCUGAGGGUUGGGAAUUUGGUUUAUCUGUCUUCAUCCGGGAGGCGGGUUUGUCCUGCUUUGGGACUGUCGUGGGCCAAUUGUGUGAAUUCAAGGUUGUUCUUGUCAAGAGAUGAGGAGAUAGUGGGUCAAGAGAAUGGUGGUGUCGACGUAGCUGGUGAUGAUUGUGCACCAAGACGAACAAAGAGGCAAAUCCGUGUCGUUUUUGCACCUCAUUUGCCUGAAUCAUCUUGCGAGUUUGUGAUCUUGAGAGAAGGGGUUUUUGGGCUUGAAAGAUAAUGGAGAUGCUGGAAUAAAGAUGGUCUUUUUGUGUUCCUCUGGAAGUUGGGUCUGCGCUACUUAUUACUAUUACAUGCCAAACAGUGGUUGAUCGUAUUGUCUAUAUUACACGAGCUUGGGAUUGUAAGAGAACUGGGUUUUCUAGGUUGAAGACAUUGGAAAUCUCCGAAGAGACUUGAUAAGAUGGUGCGGAAUGAUAUGCAAAGAAUUUUGUUUCAACUAUUUGAAGUGAAACAACUCAGUUACGACAGAUCUUGUAGCCUUCACUUCUCUCCAGUCUUUUUGAGCACUUCUCUUCAAGCAGAACAAUGAAAUCUGAGAGAAUUUUUAUAAGUUUUGUGGGGUAGGUGUAUAUAUGUAAAACUUCAAUGCUGUAGUAUUCACAAACACAGAGUGUGUUAAUUUAUUCAGUGCUACCCGAUGCUUUCUUUCCCACA